UCGCAUUCAGUGUCUCUGAAAUGUGCUGGGGAUUUACUCACUACACUACCUGCCCUUUCUGUAAUGGUGUGACGGUAUCCUGAGGUUUCAAAUCCAAACACCUCAAAAGAGGCUGCAAACAAAGUUUAAAAUGAUGCUGAAUGUGCCCACAAUUUUACUGCUUGGUCUUUUCUUAGCUGACGUGACCUCUGCUACCAUUCAUCAGAAUGGAUAUUGUUCCUUUUAUGAGGACUGCGGCAAAAAUCCAGAGGUUUCCAAUGGCUUGUUGCCAGCCAGAGUACCUUGCUUGUACAAUGGACCUGCCAAACACUUGACCAACCUUCAACAUCUGGCCAAGCUCAGGUCUGUCUGCCCAAUGCUGUACACUGGGGACAAUACCCAGGCUUGCUGCUCAAUGAAACAGCUUGACUCAAUAGAGAAGAGCCUGUCUCUGUCCAAACCAAUCUUAAGUCGCUGUCCUUCUUGUGUUGACAACUUUAUAAACCUCCACUGCCAGAACACCUGCAGCCCCAACCAGAGUACGUUCAUCAAUGUCAGCAGGACCAUUAACUUGAAUGUCAGUGGUGCCAUGGAAGAUGUGGUGCUGGAAUUCCAGUGCUUCUACAGCAAGAGGUUUGCAGACGGAUCGUACAAAUCUUGUGAAAAUGUAAGGAUACCAGCCACAGGGGGCUUUGCCAUUGGUGCCAUGUGUGGCAAAUUUGGUGCCACUCUCUGUAACUCCCAGCGCUGGUUAGAUUUCCAAGGCGACACCGGCAAUGGCCUGGCACCUUUGGACAUUGACUUCAUUCUCAUCGAUAACACAUCGCAAGUUCCCGCUGAGAUAGUUCCUCACGAUGGAAAAUUCUGGAAGUGCAACGAAGCCUCAAGCCCGACAGGGAAAGCCUGUUCCUGCCAGGAUUGCAUCGAUUCCUGUCCCCAAAUCGAGCCACCCAGCCUUCCACCUGGACCCUGGCGAAUCGGGAAAGUGGACGCACUUUUUGUCAUCUGUGCCUUGCUCUUCAUUUUCGUGCUGGUUUGCAUUUUGGCUCUUAUGACUCACGCCAGCAUCACCAGUAAAAAAGAGAAAGUCAAAAUACCUGUGCUCAGUCCCGCUGACAUUAAGUGUUCUGAUAAACUAGGUCUGACCACACAGCAGUAUCUGGGGAACAUCUUCAGGGAAUGGGGCACAAUGAUAGCUCUGUAUCCCUGGACCGUGAUACUGAUUUCUCUGGUGAUAGUCGUGAUACUUUCUGCCGGGAUGGUCAAAAUCACACUUACUACUGACCCUGUCGAACUGUGGUCCUCUCCAGACAGUCGUGCUCGCAGGGAGAAGGAUUUCCACGAUACCAAUUUCAGCCCCUUUUUCCGCACGAACCAAAUGAUUAUAACCGUGCAGAACCGCCCCAGCUACCAGUACAAAUCGGUGGUUUUUGGGGAAAAGACCUUCAACGGAAUCCUUUCCAAAGACAUCCUACUCGAGAUUCUGGAUUUGCAAACUAGGAUCCAGAAUAUCCAGGUCUGGUCUGAGAAAGCUCAGAGGAACAUCAGCAUUGAGGAUAUCUGCUAUUCUCCCAUGAAACCCGAUAAUCCCAACAGAACCGAUUGCACUGUUAAUAGCUUGCUGCAGUACUUCCAGAAUAACAGGACCAGAUUCGAGGCCACCGCAAACCAGACCAUUAAUGGGGAGUCUGGCAUUGUAGACUGGAAAGAUCAUUUCCUCUAUUGUGUCAACUCUCCUCUGUCUUUCAAAGACAUCACUGAACUGGGCCUGAGCUGUAUGGCAGAUUACGGGGCGCCAGUUUUCCCCUUCCUGGCUGUUGGUGGAUAUGAUGGUGAAGAAUACACAGAAGCAGAAGCCCUCAUUGUGACUUUCUCAUUAAAUAAUUAUGCCAGAAGUGAUCCCAAAUUUGAAUAUGUUUUACUCUGGGAACAGGAAUACCUAAAGAUUGUGCAGGCGUAUAAAAAGAACAUGUCCCGCAGCUUUGACUUCGAGUUCAUGGCAGAGCGAUCACUGGAAGAUGAGAUUAACAGAACCACAGCUGAAGACCUGCCUAUAUUUGCCAUCAGUUACCUGGUGAUAUUCAUCUACAUCACCUUGGCUCUGGGAGACUAUACAAGUUGGAAACGGAUCUUGAUCGAUUCAAAGAUUACCCUGGGCCUGGGUGGAAUGGUGGUGAUACUGGCUGUGGUGUCUGCUAUGGGUUUCUAUGCCUAUCUGGGAGUUCCCUCCUCACUCAUUAUCUUGGAGGUGGUGCCCUUCCUGGUACUCGCUAUUGGCGCUGAUAACAUUUUCAUAUUUGUGCUCGAAUAUCAGAGAGACGAGAGGAAAGAAGAUGAAACGAGGGAAGAACAAAUUGGUCGUGUGUUGGGGAACGUCGCCCCGAGCAUGCUUCUCUGCAGCAUCUCAGAAUCCAUCUGUUUCUUCCUUGGUGCUCUGACUAAGAUGCCCGCUGUCCGCACGUUUGCCCUUUAUGCUGGGCUGUCCGUACUUUUGGAUUUCCUGCUCCAGAUCUCAAUGUUUGUGGCUUUGUUCUCCCUGGAUACCCGCAGACAGGAGUCUAACAGGUUUGAUAUCUGCUGCUGCGUUCAAUCAAAGAACAAAAAGAAAACAAAGAAAAGUGAGGGAAUUCUGAUGCGCUUUAUGAGGAACAUUUAUGCUCCUUUCCUGCUGAACUCUGUGGUUCGAAUCAUUGUGAUGGUUGUGUUCCUCUUCAUGUUCUUUGCGGGAUUGUACUUUCUCUUACACGUCAAAGUGGGGUUGGAUCAGCAGCUCGCCCUGCCCAAGGACUCCUACAUGUUGAACUACUUUUCCUACCUCUACAAGUAUUUUGAAGUGGGCACGCCUGUGUACUUUGUGACCACCGCAGGCUACAACUUCUCCUCUAUCGCCGGGAUGAACGGCGUCUGCUCCAGUGUGGGCUGUGACAACAACUCCCUGACACAAAAAAUACAGUACGCCACCGACUUCCCCCAACAGUCUUUCAUGGCCAUCUCAGCUUCUUCCUGGUUGGAUGACUUUAUAGACUGGCUGAACCCAAACUCCCGGUGUUGUCGGCUGCACGCCUUUGGCCCCAAUAAAGGUGAAUUCUGCCCAGCGACCAGUGAUGCAAUAUCGUGCCUGAUCAAGUGUAUGCCACAGUCCACCACCGGCAUCAUCAGGCCCACUGCGGAGGAUUUCGAGACCUACCUGCCCUAUUACCUGGCGGAUAUUCCCACACUGCAGUGCCCCAAGGGUGGCCUGGCGGCUUACGCUGAUGCCGUGAAUAAAGACAGCAACGGGGUCAUUGUUGCCUCCAGGUUCAUGGCCUACCAUUCGGUUCUGGUUGACAGUCAGGAGUACACGGCCUCACUGAAGGUGGUUCGAGAACUUGCUGCCAACAUUACAGCGAGCAUGAGGAAGGUCCCAGGCACCGACCCCAACUUUGAAGUCUUUCCCUACUCAAUCACCUACGUGUUUUACGAGCAAUACCUGACUGUGGUGAACGAGGGGCUGUUCAAUAUCUGUGUGUGCCUGAUCCCCACCUUCCUGGUGUGCUGUUUAUUGCUGGGGAUGGACCUCCGGUCAGGCUUCCUCAACCUCGUGACCAUCAUCAUGAUCAUCGUGGACACUGUGGGAGUGAUGACCCUCUGGAGUAUUGACUACAACGCUGUCUCUCUCAUCAAUCUGGUCACGGCUGUGGGCAUCUCUGUGGAGUUUGUGUCUCACUUAACACGCUCGUUUGCUAUCAGCACUGAGCCCACGCGAGUUGAACGGGCAAAGGACGCCACAGCCACCAUGGGCAGCGCGGUGUUUGCAGGUGUGGCCAUGACAAACCUCCCUGGAGUCAUCGUGUUAUAUUUUGCCAAAGCUCAGCUCAUCCAGAUUUUCUUCUUCCGCCUGAACCUGGUUAUCACACUCCUGGGCUUGGUUCAUGGCCUCAUCUUCCUGCCCGUUCUCCUCAGCUACUUUGGACCUGGUCUCAACAAAGCUGUGUUAUUGCAGUUACAAAACGAGGCCGAAAUGCAGGCGGAGAACCCUACAGUUAACGUGUACGCCACCAUUGAAUACGAGAGACCAGAACGGGAAGGGAACGACUAUUCCAAUGGCCUAAGGGGAGCAGAUAAUUUGGCCAAGUUAACAAAGGAGCGAAAUACAGAAGCUGUCUUCACCUCAUUCUAAACCAGGGACGGCUUUUAUUCAAUGCACUAUUCAGUUCCCAUAGCUCAGGAGGAGACACACUCCCACUAUAUCACAGACAGACAGACACCCACCCACUCACUCACGACACUUCCUUCGAUCUUAAAACCACCCAGAACUCCAGCCUGGAAGCUGAGCAGCCCUGACAGUGUAGAUAUUUUUCCCCCCAAUAUUUGCACUUUUUAAGAUGCACUGAAAUGUAGCAUUAAACCCAAUUAUGUUGUGUAAGAAAUAUGUUUAAUCUCUCCCCAACCAUCAACCCAACAGUACGCCACGACUCAACUCAGAAACUUCCCCAGAAACAGACCCUUUAAACGCCAGACAGUCAUCACAGCAGCAGAACCCCAUCUCUAACCUGACAGCCCGACUAUGCUGAGGAGCAGAGAGCUCUGUGGGUGGGUGUGGUUCUGAGCAACAGCAAACACCAGCACUGCGGGGAUCACACGCCAGUAUUCCCUCAGCUGUCCGUCCUUGCUCAGUCAGGUUAGAUGGCGUUAGUGUAAACUGCAGCCCCAAUGCUCUCUCCUUCAAUUCCUCUGCCUUUCUUCCCUUCCUUCCCCAUCCUUAAAUCACGCCUGAAGAUCUUCCUCUUUGACCGUGCCCUACGGUCACCUCCCCGUGGCUCGGUGUCGUGCUCCGCCACUGCCAAGUGCUCUGAGGCGCCACCUCCAUGUAAACGCAAAUUGCUGAACCGUUCUUUAAACAUUCCAAACUCCGGCUCACGACUGACUCACAAACACCGGCUAAACUAUCCUUUUGAAUCCACCCCCGAGUGACACACCUGUGAGGAAGUCAGGGUCUGGGUCUGACUGAUAUCUUUUAUCACCAGAAUUCACUCCCAGUAUCACCCAAGUCAUCGUCUUUCUAAUUUACCCACUUCGGAAAUCAGACAAAACGUCCCACACCACUAACUUCCCCUUAUGUGACAAAUACAAGGACUGUAUGAUUUUUGCUCUGUGCCACAUGUACAUGAAGAUACACAUGUUGCCUGACAUGCGCGAUUACCAAUAAAGUUAUGGAUUUACAGUAUUGACAUUA